AUGAAAAGCCAUGUUCAUGUGGUUCAAUGCGACUACAAAAGGUUGGCUUUAAUCACGGGAUGAUUAUUUUUCUCCUUAAUAAUAGUUAUUGUCAACACUUUUAGCAAAUGCGCUUCAUCGCUGACUAGACUGGAGAUAUUUUUACUAAGUUGCUUAACGAUACUAGUGCUAGUCUUCUUGUCCACAUGUGCUCUUUGGUUCUUUGUUCUUGGCGGAAGGAAUGUGUUCAGACAUAGUAAGUAAGCCAUGUUCACACACCGUAUUCCUUCAGAAACAUGGAACACAUUCCUCCAGAUGGAUGAGAUCCAAAGUUCAUGGGCCUUUGAUAAGAGUGCCAUCCACAGUGAACGUAGAAUUUGUACUUCACGGGAAUGCACAAAGAUGGCCUCUUUGUUUAUAUCCAAUAUGAACGAAAGGGUCGACCCAUGCGAUGACUUUUAUGAAUUUGCUUGUGGAAAUUAUGCAACGGAAAGGGAAUUGGGAGCCAAUCGACCGAUGAGGCAUACGAUAAUCGAUGCUCAGUCAUAUCUGAACAAACAGAUUGCUCAUGUCCUCAGGAAGGAUAUUAAGGACACGGAGAAACCAUGGGAUCGAAUGACCAAGACUUAUUUCGCCAAGUGCAUGGACGAAUGUAAGUGAGGAUUUUAUUUUCCCAAUUGUUGCUUCUUAUUACUGCAUUUGCAUCACACUCAAAUUUCUAGCGGAAAUUGAACGGACUGGGAAGGAGAGUAUAUUGGGGCUAUUAGACAAGAUUGGGGGAUGGCCGGUGCUUCAGAAGUCCUGGACAGAAUACAAUUCAUCGCACGAAGUGUACCUGGCAAGAGUAAUGAAUUUGACUUCCAUUUCUUCCAUCUUCUUCGAACUUACAGUGUCCCAUAACCCCAAAAACAGUUCGGAGACAAUAAUCGAAUUGGAUCAACCAAAGUUCGGCCUUGGUUCCAGAUGGCCAUAUUUGGAAGGACUUAAUAAUCCCACCAUCAAGAAUUAUACCCAUCUGAUCACAGAGACUGCUGUUCUGUUGGGUAAGCAAACAAAUUAUUUUGGUUUACUUCAACUAUAAUAUUUCGGUUAAUUUUUUCAGGCGCUGAGAUAUCUCGAGCUGAAAAGGAAAUGAAGGAAAUUGUGGACUUGGAGUGUAAGCUGGCCUUGAUCUCAUCCGACGAUGCUGAUCGGGGAGAUCCAGACCGUGGAAACAACCCUUAUACCAUCAAACAUUUGAAGUUAGCUUUUCCCGAAGUAAGGAAAUCACUGCCUAAUUUCUACAGUAACUUUUUUAGCUGGACUUCGCAGGCUUUAUGAAAGUUGUUCUCGAUGGAUAUGCGGAUGUUUUGGAUUCGGAUACUGUAAUUAUCAGAGAAGUUUCUUACAUGAAAAGGGCCCAAGUAAGCGAAUUUAGAAAAUACUGACGGACAAGUAUUUCUGACUACCGCUUGGCUCGGUUAACACGUUCGCAAUUUUAACUGUUCUAUAAAAAAGAGACUGUAGACGCGCUUGUAUCCGUACUAAAAUAAUAUUAUUGAUAAAAAAAUCCGCAAAAUUGUGCUGAUUGUUUUGGGUUUUAGGGGUGAAAAAUCAACCGCAAGAUGACUUAAAGUUCCACAUAAACCCAUUUCAGCACAAUCUUUCAUAGGUUUACAAAUUUUAUUUUAGCUUAAAAUGAUGUUUCUUGCGUUUCUAAGACGUAAUAAAUAAGUCUUGUCACAAAAAAUUAUUUUUCAGACCUUCAACUUCAAAGAAAGUUGAUUUGCUACAAAAAGGAAAUCGAACCCGCGCGGCGUUACCCUCCUGAUUUCCAGACUAUGGCACUAGCCACUCGGCCACACCGCUCGUUUCCGAAGGAAGGGACCGACCGCGCUUUUUAUCGUUUAGAAUGCCUGCGCCUUUUGUAGGGAAAUUAAGCCAGUUUUUGGGCAUUUUCGACCCUUAAACCCAAAAUUGGGCAGGUAAUUUUUAUAUAUUCUUGAUCAGCACAAUUUUUCGGAUUUUUUGAGAUAUAUCCCGUCUAAAAGUAUGAUUCCAAGGUUUACAAGGCGUAGUGCUAACAUUAUUAUUAGGACCUACGAAAAGCGAAAAGUAAAGUUUUAAUUCCGCAGCACGCUGCAGCGUGAUUUGUCAAAAAUUUUUGUCCGGGAGUAUGAUUAAAAGUUAUUUUAAACUGCCUUAUUCCCUUUGAAACCUUCAGAAUCUUCUGAAAUUAACUCCGAAACGAGUGAUUGCCAAUUAUAUUAGUUGGAGAAUUGUGCAAGGAAUUACUCCCCUACUGCCCAAUAAACUAAGACAACUCUUCUACGAGUUUAAAGCCAAUCAGACAGGCAUGGUGCAUAUGGCUCCGGAAGACCGUUGGGUGGAUUGCGUGAAUCUGGCCGUCAUUUUAUUCGAUAUCCCGGUGGGAAAGCUGUUUGUGGACAAUUACUUCGAUGAGAAAUUCGCAAUACCCAAAGUGAGAUUACAAGAAAAAUUACGAACGAGUUACAUUAAAAUCAGGUGAAAGAGAUGACAGAUUAUUUCAAAUCGACCUUCAUCAAACAGUUGUACGAGCUGAAUUGGAUGGACGAAGCCACGAAACAGAAAGCCAUUAAAAAGUCCCAUAUGAUUCAAUACAAAUUGGGGUAUCCCCCGGAGAUGUACAACGAUACUUGGAUGAAUCUGAACUGGAAUCUGGUAUGGAAGAAAUUAGCUAUGUAUUUAUAUAACUAUCAGACUCCCACAUCCAUAAAAGAGACGGUUCUCGAAUUCACAAUCAGAGUGAAGAGAAAACGACUGGUCGAUGAGCUUAUGAAGUAUAAAAGACCGGUUGAUCGGGACUUCUGGUACCAAUCCCCCGCCCAAGUUGACGCCUUUUAUGCCCCCAAUCUCAACGAAAUGAGUAUGUUGACAAGUCGGUUUACUAAAAUUACAGUAUUCCCCGCGGGUAUCUUGCAAUAUCCAUUUUUGGAGAGUAAUGUCCCCAAUUAUGUGACCUUUGCCAUGGUGGGAGCUGUGAUUUCUCAUGAAUUAACACACGCCUUCUGCUCUCAAGGAAGCCGAUACGACGAAUUCGGGAACCUGAAUGAUUGGUGGGACAUGGAGACGGCUGGGAAGUACUUUGACAAGGCCGAUUGUUUCGUAAAACAAUACGAAGACGAGAAGAUCCCAGAAUUAAACGGACAGCGUCUGAAUGGGCGUCUCUCAUUGGGGGAGAAUAUUGCUGAUAAUGGAGGAGUCAAGACCGCCUUCAGGGCAUAUUCGGCAUGGAAAUCUGAGACUGAGAAGACCGAGCCCGCGUUGCCCGGCCUUCAGAACUUCACCAAUGAACAAUUGUUCUUCAUAGCCUACGCGAAUGUAAGCAUCACGUGCUAUACCGUAACCCUUUGUAGAAUUGGUGUUCCAUGGUCCAUCCCGAUUAUGCUGGACAACUUCUGACCGGUGAUGUCCAUGCUCCUGCUCGCCUGCGGGCCGUCAUCCCGUUGCGUAAUCGGGCCGAGUUCAGUCGAGUGUACAAAUGCCCCUUAGGCUCGCGGAUGAAUCCCCAACAGAAGUGCUCUUUGUGGUGA